CCUUGCAAGGCCUCGCGGCUCCCGUCGCCUGGCAACGCCGGAUGUGAGGCGCGCGCGCGCUUCCAGUGUGGGCAGAGCCGUUCCCUUAGGCAAGAUGGCGGCGCCCGUCUCCCUUCAGCUGGAGUUUGGAGGUGGAGCAGAACUCUUGUUCGAUGGGAUAAAAAAGCACCAGGUGACUUUACCCAGCCAGCCUGAACCUUGGGAUGUUCGGCGCCUGCUCAUGUGGAUUAAAGAGAACCUAUUGAAAGAGAGGCCAGAGCUGUUUGUGCAAGGAGACUCUGUGCGGCCGGGAAUCUUGGUCCUCAUCAAUGACUCUGACUGGGAGCUGAUGGGGGAGCUGGACUACCAACUCCAAGACCAGGAUAAUGUGGUUUUCCUCUCCACCUUACACGGGGGUUAGAUUGCCCGAGAAGCCAAAAAAGGACACUUUUUAAAGGAGAGAGAGAGGGAGAGAGAUGCCAGUCCAAGAAAGGACCUCCCUGAGCCUCUCUUUCGGCCUUUGUCCGCCAUGUGUCCAACCAGAUCGGGUUCCUCAUUAGGCCCUUUCUUCCUCCGCCUGCUCUUUUGACGCCUGCUCCUCCCGCCCUCCGCCUUGGCUCCCGACCCUUUGUCCUGGAACGGUUUCAGCAUUGGAUCACCCUCUCCUUGCCUCCCGGAGGCUCGCGCUCCUGAACAAAUGACGGAAAGUGAGCUCUUUGGAACCACGUGGGGCCCGGCUGCGGCUGAGCAUCAGAUCAGGCCUCACUGUUUGCCACGGAGCCAAUGCCGGCCUCCCUCUCUCUCUCCGUUUCUCUCUCUCUCUGCAAGCGGGGAGACGGGACUGAGAUCUAAGAGCGGGGACGUCUCUUCGAGUCUCUCACCCGUCCCUGGCAUCAGCGCAGCCUUUUUUCAGCACUGCAGUUUGCUGUUAUCAGCUUAUCUGGACUUCGGCUGCCAGUAGAUUUGCUUGAAAACAAUGACGCUGAAUUUGUGAAGCUGUGCCUUUUUGAUUUUUAAACUCUUUUGGAGCCAC